UUAUGAAGCGCCGCCGGUUUUGAACCAUAUGGACAGUUUUCAGCGUUUAGAGUCCAAGCUCAAAACUUUAGUUGCUCGGUCUUCUGAAGUUCCAGAACAUGCUGCUUUGGUAAUUCUUGACGAAGCGAAGGACUUGUUAAAACGUCUUCUCGUCACUCUCCCAAGGAGCCCGAAGGAGAAGGUCGAGAUCGAAAGCGGCAAAUACUCUAUGCAGGGUCACUCAUCCGUAUUUAAUGUUGAAUUCAAGCAAGAAGUGCUUUUUCUUGCCGACCAGUUGGACUGCUCGGAGUUUUAUUGCGCCGAACUCUUAGGGCAUGUGCUACGUACUCAACCAAAUAGUCGAAUUUCUGGGCUUGCAGAGAAAGCCGUGAUGCUGCAUCACAGGGAACGCAUUGCUUCUAUACGUUGUCUCCAGCUUAUUCUCGAAACAGCGACACGCACCGAUAUCCCCAACCUAUCCAAUGUGGAAUUCAUCCGAGCUCUCGCACUGCAGCUCAUCCUGGCCCCCUUCAGUACGAAUGUGGAAGAAGGCCAAAUUAAUCUCGCUAGGAAGCUGCUCGCGGAGAUCGAUGAUCUUAUCCCGACGACCGAGGGCCCCAGAGGCCCGCUCCAGUCAGAAGGUGUUAAUUUGUCUUCUCCGCCCGUUAUCCAGGCCCAAAGAACUCGUUUCAUUCGCAUUAACCGUAAGGCUGCUAGCAUUCAGGAGCGAGCCUUGUGUGCACACGUCCUUUACCUAAUCGCUGCGUGCGGACAACUAGGCCCCACAGAUGUGACAUAUCUGGUCAAGUGGCUAUCCAGUGUGAAGGACUAUUCGCAAGGCAUUGUCUUCUAUGUUUUUGCCUGUGUGCUAGUUACCAUCAAUCCUUCCUCCACAGACGAAGAUGGGGCCCUCUCCGACAUAUAUACUAACAGCUCUUUGUUUGUCAACGUCCAUACUGCCCUCAAUGCCUCUUCAUGGGAGCUUCCUCACCUUCGAGCUUCCCUCUUGCUUCAAUGGUCAUUGUUUGUACUCGAGGUUCGAGGCAGGGAUCCGAAUCUCCUUGGAGAUUACGUUGUGGUCGAGGAUGAAGUGGGUACCAUUGCAAAGGAGGCCAUUCGUGGCGGCGCUUUUCAAGCCCUUAGGGAGUUUGUUCUGCGAUCCCAGGGUCCGGCAAAUCAUGCGGCCCUGAUGGAUCCGUUCGCUUUCGAUGGCUCUCGCGUCAUUGGCGUAUCGGAAUAUGGCAAUGACGGAGAGGUACAAGAUGAAGUCCUGGACCCUGACUUUAGAAUGUACUUUGUAGAGUGCAUUGAUCGCUUGGUCAUUGCACUCAUAACACGGAUGUCUCGUGUACUGCGCGAUAUCCGGAAACACGAAGAAGAUGUAUGGUUGUCCUGGGCACGCACUGGGAGGUCUGCUGUUAACUCCAGCAAUCCCUACGGGGCAUCUGCUUCCCCUGAUCCACCCCGACGAGACACAGAAGCUCUUUUUCGCCUUAUUGCCGCGAUCUAUGACCAUAUGCCGGCGGAUUCCGCAACCCGGUUUUGGACAGAGAGGGACGGCCUGAGAUUGACACCUUUCCUCAAGUGGGCUGCCGAAUCUCGGCAAGCCAAUACCAUUGGCGCUAUGUACGACAUGUUAGCGUCCCUUUCGCGGGGCUCAACCAGUGCCAUUUUCGCUUACAAUUUCCUCUCAACGGGCGGGAACGACUCAGCAGCUACCCCACAGACGUAUUCCUCGUCCAACUCCUGCUCCUGGUCCACAUUAUUUAUGGCCAUACACCAUUACGAGAAUCAGCUGUCUCACGGCCGAAUCCCACCAUCCGGCAUGACAGCGAUCUUUCCAGGGCACUCUAUAGGCGUGCAUUCCAGUUUUCACCAGUCUGAUUCCCCGAAAGUUUCAUUCCCACCGGAGGAAAUCGUGCUGUUGGGUUCCUUUCUCAAUUUGCUACGGAAUGUGGCCCGGUAUUCUGCGACGGCAAGGAUCGCGCUUCACGAAAACCAUGAUUAUCGAGUCGUCCAGUCUCUCUUCACUUUGGCUUCUCACCCCAUACCACUUGAACUGAAAGCUAUUUUAUUCAACACGCUUUCCGCAUUUAGCAGCCUUGACGCUGGCGCGAUUGGAAUUGACGUUGUGAAUCACAUGUGGAAUGUGUUGGAAAAAAUGGAGAUUAUUCCAGUCCGCCAAGGCGUCCAGGGCCCCAUGCUCGUGUCUCGAGUUGGAAGGGCUGCGGGGGGCGCGGUGAUAGAGCUGGAACAAGUUGAAUCUGUUGGAAAGACCUAUCCUGCCACAACAGCCUUAAUCCAGCUGCUGGAUUCUCUUAUUCAUGUCCCAACAAAGAAUGUCAUUUUGAAGGAAGAUUUUGGAACGGUUUUUCAAACAAUUCCCGACCAAUUGGGGUCGGGCUACCGUAUUCCUGGCCUUCGCCCGUACAUCGACUUCGUCGCCGAGAAAGUCUUUCUCAAAACCUUCGAACGUGAUUUCGCGGACCCCAACGAACGGUGGCAAAUGUUCAGUGCAUGUCUCGGCGUUUUUGAAAAAGCAUUGGCAGGAUUCGACCUCAGUAUUCUUUAUGACGAAGGCCUGUCAUCCUGGACCAAUCUUACACCCGCACACAAGGCAAAGGCCCUGACAACACUAGCCACACUUGUUAUCCAUCCCGGUUUCUCAGUCAUGAAAUGGAUUCUUACUGUCGGGAAAAUGCAAGAAAAUCUGCUUUAUUUGGUUGCUCAGGACUUCGAAGGGACACAUCUCCAACUGCGGCGAAAUAACGAGGUCGCCAGCUCAACCAUUCGCACGCUACGCGUUCUCUGGCGAGUCAUCCAUAUCCAAUCUAUGUUCAUUGAAGGCUUGGUGCCGAUAUUGAAUGAUGUUGGUGACUUGCCCAAUGUUGGAUCCGUCGGAUUUCCUGUAUCAACAAUCCAUUCCCUGGAGUUGACAAUGCUUCAGCAUCCUUCCAUUCCAUCGAAUAUUGCAAUGUUUGUCGCUUUGCCCGAGAGUGAAAUACCGUUUUUUGCCCUGAAAAUUCUGCGCACUCUGAGCAAUUCCCAGUAUUGCCGGCCUUUCUCGGCUGGGACUUAUCAAACAUUGGACCCCCUUGCAGCAGCGUUGCGGAACUCACAGAGACUUGACUUAAUCAUCCAAGGGUUUCGGCAUUGGCUCGAGGUAGACGCCGAAGACACUUCCAUCGAUGCUGAUGAAUUCGACCCCGGCUUGAGCAAGAUAGAACCAGAUCCGGCCUAUUCGCUAUCAGCCCUUAUACGAUCCACAGUACUCCGACUUCUGAUAGUCAAUACGAAAUCUACACGUCCAUCUCCUAACAUUGCUCAUGUGCUGCUCGGCUUGGACAACAGUUCUAACUCCGGUCAGGUGACGGACGACCAAAUCAGUGCCAUCGACGAGUCGGGAAUACUUCACUCUAUACUUACACUUUUGGGGCAAGGACUGUCGAAGGAUGAUGCAGUAAUUCGGCUUGCUCACUCUCAUCCCUCGUUUGCAGACCAAUGCUUCCAUCUUAUCAAUCAGUUAUGCGUGCAUCCGUAUACCUCUUCCUCUGUCGUUCGUCACUUGCGGCUUCGGGAGCAUUUCUUCCAGCGACAACUGCUUGCUACCCCAAUUAGGACGUCUCCCAGAUUUUCAGGAAACCUUGGAAUUGCACAUUAUGUCGAUGGGUUGCGGGUAUCAACAACAAGUGACGCCAUGUCAACCAGCUUACGCAUGACUGCUCACAUACUAGACGCAACCGCAAUGGAACUUCACAUGUUGACUGACACUCGGCAAAAGAGCAGAGCGGCCCAGUUAGUGGAAAUACUCCUUAACACUGCCAGUGUAGCCGAAGAGGAUCACUUCUUAGAAGGGGAGCUUGGGCUGGAUCAGUCUUCCUCACGAAUUCUGGGUCUUCUGGAAUCCAUUUCUGUGACAUGGGAAGAUGCUCUUGUUGACGACCAGUCCCCAAUUCCACUAUAUGAAAAUUGUGAUUUCAGCCGAUGCCUUCGUGUCGAUGAGGUGGGAUGCCAAGUUUACGAUCUUGCGCCUUUACUCGCGAUUGUUUCAAAAGUCAGGGGCCAACUACACGGGGCGGGGUCUCUCCAGCCGCUCUCCCUGGACCAGGUGAGGGCUGAGACUCGAACAGUCCUAAGGAGGGUCGCCAUCGAAAACCAUCGCCGGAGGGUGGAUCAUGCAAGGUGCCACGCAUACAUGGCGUGGUCGAGCUUGCUCAAUGUGACCCUUCUCAAGGCCUUCGACCACUUGCCUUCAGAUAGGGCAGAAAAGCUUCUUUACGAUAUCUUUCAGAGCCUUUCCGUAGCUCUAAAUUCGCCAAUAACACCUGAUUCGACAAUGGUAGCUCUAUCCUCGUCCCUGGUGCUCGUCCUUACGAAGCUGAGAGCCUUUAUUCGAAGGCGGUUACACUCGUUACAAGGGGAGAGCCAACUAUUUGCAUUGCCCAUUGAUCGCCUGCACACCUUCUUCAAGUCCGUCCUUCUGUCCCUGCUCCACAGAGGAACAUCCGAAGUGGUACGGGGGAAUUUAUACGCAGUCAUAAUACAAUAUUUGCAAUUCGCGUUGGACUUCUCGAAUCUUCAUGAACAAAGAUACCACGUUGAAAGUCUCUGUUCUAGGCAAUUUGGUCCGGACGUACGGAGCAGCCAUAGCCUUCUGGUGUCUGAUUUCCUCAAUGGGUGCCUAUCCAUCGUUAUCAAUAUGGUGGAUCGAUUACUUCAGUGUGCAUGCCGCGACGCAACUGAUGGGAGUGAAGUGUGGAAGGCUAUGGCAUUUGCCUUGUUAGAGGUCUUGGUUCGACUGUCCCAGAGAGCCCAGUCCCAGCAGAUAGAAGCCGCGUUGGCAAAAGACGGGCAUAUCUCGAAUUUUUUGCAAUCUCUCCUAAAUGGAAGUACGGAACUCCAGCAUUCACUCAUACCCAACGCCAGCUCCCUCAACGCAUUAUAUGUUUACGAGGCAAAGAUGUCCCUGCUCAUUCGAGUCGCUCAGACAACAUUUGGGGCUGCUAAACUUGUUGAGGCCCGACUCUACAAUUGUUUAAGUCAGUGCGAUUUCGUUCAUGCGAUGGCUGUUCAUGGAGGGGAAAUGGAGGCUCACAAUACCUUUCUUCCCUCCACUGCGGACCGACAUCGCCAAAUACUGGAGCCCAUGCUGCGCUUGGCGGUCAGCUGCCUGACGUCGUUGCCUCCAACGCCGUCUCUCAUCAAGCAGGCGACAAGUUAUUUUGUAUCUCACCGGGAAGUAAUCCUGGCUUUGUUAUCGUCGUUUCGUGAACCGUGGACUCUUGGUGAUUUCAGCCAACGUCACCUUGUUGUUACCCUUGCAGCCCUGUUGAACUCUCAGACAUCCCUGUCAGGCUUGUGGGACAUUAACGCCUUAAAACCCAUUCAUGUAACAAUCGUAUCGCUCGCUCGCGACUGCUUAAACUUGGCCAAAUGGGAUCCAGCAAUCGCUGUGCCGAGUGCUGGUGAACGAACAGGCCUUACUCAAAGUGCUGUUGGUUUUGGGGAAGAGGGUACUCUCUUCAGUCAGAGAAUUCGCAAUGCCACACUCCGACUUCAUCGUUGGCUGUCGCUCUACGUUAUUUACGCGCAAGACACGCUCGGACCCAUUUUUCGAGAGGGCUUUUCGCUCACGCUGAUCGAUGUCUUAUCUGCGCUGUCGUUUCUUACACAACAGCUUGACCGGUCACAAAGACAGAUGCAGGACAUCGACCUGAAAUUGCAAUCCAUUGAUCGUAUGGCUCCAUCUGAGGCUCUCGAGAUUCUUCAACAAUGCGGGCAAAUGUCCUCUGAUGCCCUCGAUGUCUUUCAACUCAGACAAUCCGCUUGGGCUGAACUACACCACGCUUGGCAAACAUGUGGGCAAUCCUUCUUGGAGUACCUCGCCUCCGUGGAGAUCCUGCUGUGGGUAAUGUGGAGGAACAUCACAUCCACUCCUUCGGAUGUGAGGGAGGGGCCCAAUGCAGUGCUGUCUGCCAGGGAUACUCUGCGUCCCAGCGAUGCUCGGGCUGGGGGCACGCUAGCCAAGGCGCUCGCGGCGGCCUUAACCAUCCUGAACAACAUUCCAUACAGUUACCUGUUAGGUGCUGAAAUUGGCGAGGCAAGAAAAUUGUAUAUGCAGUUGCUUAGUCGGCGUCUUCAGGAUAUGUUGGGCCGCGACGGGGAUUUGGAAAUCUUAUGAUAAUUUGCCACAGCAUAGUAUGAGAUCUCAUUUCACAAGGAUUUGACUUGAUUUUUGCAUCGAGUCAAUAUUAUUUGACUCGAAUUGGGAACCUCCCUGCCGCGGAAAGUCGAUGAUCCAUCUUAUGAUCGCCUCCACACACCUCUACAUGUACAUGGCUCCCACAACCCUCCAAAUGAUGUUGUUGUCCCCAUUAUAUUUAUGUCAUAAUACUGACCAUGCCAACACUA